GCGGCAUGGUGCAGUAUAUAUGCGCCGGUCUUAGUGGCAGACUUCACUCUCUCAGUCGCUCCGACUCGGGAACCAGGGCAUCAGCGGAGAUAGCAGGCUUAUAUUUGGUCUUUUAGGCUAACUCGCUUUGGGCUUUUGGUUCAGGAUGGAAACCUCUUCGAUUUUUCGGAGCCGACGAUGCUCCAUCAUGCGCAACUGCAAAAGCGGUCUCUCCUUGUGGCUGGUGGUAUGGAUGGUCCUCGGCAAGCCUAGUCCGGUGUCUGCGUGUCCGCAGAACUGCGUGUGCUACCCGACACCGAUGACUGUGAGCUGCCAGGCGCAGAACUUUACCGCCGUGCCCGUGGGAGUGCCCUACGAGUCACAGCGCGUGUUCCUCCAAAACAACAGGAUCACGGAGCUCAGAGUUGGCUCUUUUGGCUUUGGGACUCAGGUCCUGUGGCUUUUCUCGAACAACAUCACGUGGAUUGAAGCUGGGGCUUUCAGUGAGCUGAGGGACUUGGAGGAGUUGGACCUGGGGGACAAUCCUAGCCUCCACAGACUGGAGGGGGGAGCCUUCCGUGGCUUAGAGAAACUCCAGAGCCUCCACAUGCACCGCUGCAAGCUCACUGCACUGCCCCAUGACAUCUUCCACAAACUCUACAGUCUGCAGUUCCUCUAUCUGCAGGAGAACCACCUUCAUUUCCUGCAAGAUGACAUCUUCUCUGAUCUGAUCAACCUGAGUCAGCUCUUCAUUCACGGAAACCGUAUCCGCACUCUCUCUGAAAACGUGUUCCGAGGCCUGGUCAAUCUGGACCGGCUGCUUCUCCAUGACAAUCGCAUCCGCCAGGUGAACCGCCGGGCCUUCAGAGACCUGGGCCGCCUCACCAUGCUGUUCCUCUUCAACAACUCUCUGGCCGAAUUGCCCAGUCAAACACUGCGAGACCUGCAGGGCAUUGAGUUCCUGAGGCUUAAUGCUAACCCCUGGUCCUGUGGCUGUGAGGCGCGCCCCGUGUGGGAGUGGUUUCGUGAGGUGCACGUUUCAUCAUCUGAAGUCAUCUGUGCUUCUCCCUCCACCCGCCGUGGCCAGGACAUGCGCUUCCUUCGGGAAAUGGACUUUGCUCUCUGCCCCCUGCCCGACCCUGGCUCCAUUGCUGGGUCCACCACAACCACCUUUAGCACCAAAACACGCUGGUGGUUUCACAAAAACAAGCCCCAGUCAUCCACCAAAGGUGUGUUUGAGAAGGCAUCAGAGACAGUGAAGGCUGGUCUCUAUGGCAAAGGGCCCUCCACCACCACCUCUGUAGUGAAGUACGAGUUGGGUGAGGAGGAGCUGGCUCUGCCUAAACUUGACCCAGAAGAAUACUGGGCCAACUACGGCAAUGAAGACUCUGGCAUCACAGUGCGCUGCUUCGAGCUCGAGUGUCCGCCUGAGUUUGACCUGCCACCCUCCUCCUCUGCCUCACCCUCUGUACUGCCUAUCCUCUCCUUAUGUCUACUCACAGUUCCCAUCCAUCUGCUAUUUGGUUGAAAGACUCUUAGCCCCUCCUUCGGCCUGUUUUAAAGCCGCGGGGCCCCUGUCAGACUGUCUACACCCCCUUUGCCUGCUCUGCCUUUAGUAAAGGUGCAGCCAGGGAGAUGGAGGGGAUGCUAAGAUUGUAAAUCUAGCACUUACAGGGCUUUACACUUUCAGGACUGCUAAGAGUAUUUCAGCUAUCAUAGCUCAGACACAGGUAAGCCUCACCUGUUAGACGUCAUUACUCCCUGUAAGCAGGGUGACGAGGGCUGAGUCCAUUGGUAAUAUCAGCGCCAAUUUUAUCAGCGCCAAUUUAUAAAGAUGAUUUCUAUCACCUCAAACUAGUUCCAGACCAAGUACAACAGUGCAUUUAGUGCAUCCACUGACUGGCUGCUAGAGACAUACUGAUUACUGUUAGAAUCAGAGCACAGUAAUGACGAUACUGUAACCACUUAAAGUGUCUUGUAAAUAGAUAUUGUGUGAUUAAUAUGGUGUCUGUAGUCUAGCACAUUUUUACCAUUUAGAAAUCUGAUCCUGAAAACUGUGAAGGCUUUGUGCUUCUACUUGACAGAGCACAAUGCACAGGGUAGAGAGGACAAAGAUGGCAGAAAUAAUGUAAUGUAUUUAGAAGGUUCAUAUCAAGGGAGACAAAACAGAACUAAUGCAGCAAUAAGAAAGCUAUGAGUAAUACAGACAGAGCACCAGUGCUGGCAGUAGAAGCAGCAUCCUGCAGGUAAAAUGUAAUACAAUCGUCUAUCAUCCACAACUCCUGUAAAUAUGGUGUCUCUAAGACAGACUACCACUGGGAAAGAAUGCUUCCUGCUGGAAGCUGGGAAAUUGUAUCUUGGAUGUCUUUCUGUGACAUAUUGCUAUAACGUGUUACGAUUGUUGACUUGAAGAGCUUAAUAUAAAACACUGAAUAUUUCCUUACUUCUGUUGUCAUACUUUUUCUUUACUCUUACUUUGAUUCACUUGGGCAACUCAAACAAAGACUUUAAAAAGUUGAAAUACAAGAGCCACAGCUUGGCUGUGUGUGAUCCCAUCAUGACUAAAGUGGUCGAAAGGUCUCACCACAUGGGAUCACAGUCACAGCCAGCGCUGGGCAGAAUAGCUCCGGGCAUCUGUCCAUGUGUGGAUAAAAUGAGAUGAAUGGAUUCACAGGCUGGCAUCACCACAAAAAGCAAAUACGUCAGUAGUUUGUCACUUGUUUGACUCAUCAAUGGGCCGCACCAGAUGGACAGCCGAGGUGUAAAUUGGCUCAGCUUGUCAAUACGUUAAGGGAGAUUCUGAGGAGUUACAAGAUGAGAGCUGCAGAUGAAAGGCUUACAAGUCAAAACAAACAGGCAGAUGCAAGCAUGAGCCCAAGUAAGCUUGUCAGAGUUUAGGAUAAAAAUAGCAAUCAUUUUCAAGGCCAAGAAGGGCAAUAUGGGAAUAGCAUAGACAUCUGUUGAUCCCCCAUAUGAUAGAGCCUUGAAGAAUGUCCCACUAUUUCUCAUUGUAUCUCUCCAUUCAAUUUCUUCGAGGACUGUAAGGGUCUCCACUUCAAUUAAUGUGACAUGCCCAAUAUGUAAAAGAAAAUAUAAAAAGUGCCUACAGUGGCCUUGGGCAGAAAUAACAACAUUCUUGACUUCAAGGGAAUGUUCAGUGUCCUGUCUCUUCAAGUGUGAUGGACGAGGUUCAAACUGAGCUAGGGUGCUCUUCAGUGGCCAAGACAAUGUGGUCGCUGUCAGAUGACCAAAGUGCCAGUUAUACCAUUCUCCCUAUCCUUUGUGUUCACUGUGCACGUCCAAUGUUUUGUAUGGAAC